GUUUUCCUCCUCUUCAUGGUUCUAUCAUUCUGCUUUUGUUUCAAUCUGUUAAACCCUAAAGGGUUUAAACCUAUGUUCCCCUCUUUUCCUUGGAACAGCUUUCAAAGUUCAAGUCUUUUAUAGUUCCUUCCAUUUAAUCUCUUAGCUUAUUGGUUCGAACAUCAUGGGUUCUAAGAAAAAGGUGAAGAAAUCACAAAAUGUUGUAUCAGAUGAAGUGGACGCUAUAAAGGAAGCUAAAGAACAUAAGAAACAGUUGGAAAAGCUUAAGGAAACGCAACCUGAAUUUUAUGAGUAUCUGAAAGAGGUGGACAAAGAACUCCUAGAGUUUGAUGCUGAUGAUGAUGAUGUUAAACUCGGCGAUGAUGAUGCUGAAACUGAUCUUGAUGAUACCGGGAUUGAUGAUGAGGAAGAUUUCGAUGAUAGUGAUGUUGAGAAGGAGGUUGUUGGGUCAAAAAAGGGAGAACAAUCGGUUCGAGCUGUUAUCACAAUGGAAAUGGUUGAAUCCUGGUGUAAGGGUAUUCAGGAAAAUGAGAAAAUUGCUCCUGUACGGUCUUUGCUUAAAGCCUUUAGGGUAGCUUGUCAUCUUGCAGAAGAAAGUGAUGAAAAAUCCACAGAAAGGUUAACCACAAUGUCUAAGGCUGUUAUGAACAAAGUUAUGGUAGAAACUUUGACUAAUAUGGACGGGAUUCUUCGUAACUUGAUGAAUCUUCCUGCUUAUGGAGGAAAGAAAGAGAAGUUGAUUGAAGUAAAGAGCACAAAAAAUUGGAAGAAGUAUCAACAUUUGGUGAAGUCAUAUCUUGGAAAUACACUGCAUGCUUUGAACCAAAUGACGGAUGCAAAGGAUAUCUCAUUUACUUUGAAGCAUUUAACUAGAUCAUCAGUGUUCUUUGCUGCUUUCCCAGCCUUUCUGAGGAAGUAUGUUAAGGUUGCUCUGCAUUUUUGGGUCACAGGAAGCCGAGAGCUUUCUUUUGCAUCCUUUUGGUUCCUUAGAACUCUAUGUGUCCAGCUUGGGUCUGAUUGUUUGGAUGAGUGCUUCAAAGGGUUAUACAAAGCUUAUGUCAUGAACUGCCAGUUUGUAAAUGCUACAAAGUUGCAGCACAUCCAAUUUUUGAGGCAAUUGUUUGUUGAAUUUAUGUUGGUGGACCUUCCUACAGCAUACCAGCAUGCUUUUAUCUUCAUUCGACAAUUAGCGAUGAUUUUACGAGAGGCAUUGAACAUGAAGACAAAGGAAUCUUUCAGGAAGGUUUAUGAGUGGAAGUAUAUCAAUUGUCUUGAGCUCUGGACUGUAGCAAUCCGCAAAUAUGGCCUGGAACCUGACUUCAAACCCCUUGCUUAUCCAUUGACUCAAAUAAUUUCUGGAGUGGCCCGUUUAGUUCCAACUGCCCGGUACUUCCCUCUUCGCAUGCGUUGUGUUAGAAUGCUCAACUGUAUUGCUGCUGCAACUGACACUUUCAUACCAGUUUCCAUGCUACUCUUGGAUAUGUUAGAGAUGAAAGAAUUGAACUGUCCACCUACUGGAGGUGUUGGCAAACCUGCUGACUUGCGGACAGUACUUAAGGUCAGCAAACAAGCGCUCAAGACUCGGUCAUUUCAGGAGGCAUGUGUGUCUUCUGUGAUUGACGAAUUGGGUGAACAUUUGGCUCAAUGGAGCUAUUCUGUAGCUUUCUUUGAAUUAUCUUUUAUACCAGCGGUUAGAUUGCGUAAUUUUUGCAAAGGCACCAAAGUUGAGAGGUUCCGCAAAGACAUGAAAGAGCUUAUUCGACAGAUUGAGGCAAACUCAGAAUUUACAAACAAAAAACGAGCAACAAUCUCUUUCUUGCCAAGUGAUCCAGCUACAUCAUCUUUCCUCGAGGAGGAGAAGCAGUCUGGUGCUAGCCCCUUGUCGAAAUAUGUUGCUACAUUACGCCAAAAAGCUCAACAGAGGAACGUCUCUCUAACAGAAUCCAGUGUCCUUUAUGGUGCCGAGCCAUCCUUAUCUGAUAAAAUGCUAGCAGAAAGUGAUGAAGAAGAUGAAGGAGAUGAAGGUGGAGCAGUCUUUAAUUCCUUCUAUUUACAACAGAAAGAAACAAGGGAGAAGCCUCCUGAGGUAGAGAAAAAGCAGAAAAACAAGAAGAAACCGAAGAGCUUGCAACAAGAAGCAAUUGAGGAGGACAUUGUGGAGGAUUUGGUGCUAAGUUCAGAUGAAGAAGACGAACCCAUGGAUGACUCUCCUCUUCCUGAAGAAACUUUUGAAAUAGAAACGGAGACCCCGAAAAAGAAAAAGAAGCAAAAAACUGCCGCUGAUGGUCCAGUGAAGAAAGUACAAGUAAGCAAGAAGGGGGGAAAGAAGAGAAAGCGAGGUCAUUAGUCAUAUACUGAGGCAGAGCAUAUAACAUCACUCAGAAGUUGGCAUUUUUGUCAAGAGAAGAGUGGAAAGCUGACAGUGUGGAUUACUGAGAAAAACAUUGUUGAGGACCUGUUCUGAUUUUGUGUGAAGUCAUAAGCCGAAUUAAGAAAUUCUGGACAACUGAUCGAGGAUGCUGCAGUCCAAAUUUGGUCUUGGGGAUGGAAAAACAAGAACAAGUGCUACCACUUUUAACAAGAAAACUGAACACUGGGCGUAACAAUUGCCUGCAGUACACUGGAUUUCUACACCUUUUUAGCCAAGUACCAGCAUCGAAUUUUGCCUUCAUCUUUUACCUGUGUACAUGAAUUUUGAAUUAGUAAAGAGGGAAACUUGAACAGAUGUGAUAUUUUUUAAUGAAGUGUAAUUUGUUUGAAUUAGUAAAAUGAUCAAUUGAUUGUUAUAUAUACUUCUGAGUUCCGACUUCUA